AUGUCGAUAUGGUGGAUCACGAAGGAAGAUGGAUUUAGUUGGAGUCUGCACACUUCCUUGCUGCGAUUAGAAAGCACUUCAUCGCUUCCUUACCGUAAGCUUUUGGAAGCGGAAACCUUCAGCGUCGAUGCGGAAUUCCAUUAUCCUAGGGUGUUUAACGCAAAGCAAACGUGGGACUUCAAGUUCCGCCUUUCAAAGUGCAGCUGCUGGCUAGUAUGGGAUCAUCAAAGAUUUGUUACAGAUCUUCUGAAUGAAUUUUUGGGCGAUACUACAUCCGAUCUCGUUACUUUCGUCCCCUAUACUGUAGCGAUUGAUUUCGACGUCACGGAUAGCUUCGAGGUGAUUUACAUGUGA